CUUGACUGUGAGAGCUGCGGAGCUGAGCAGGAGGAUUUUCAUGGAGGGAGUUGAAUUCUUUCAUUCUGACAUCGUUCAGGUUUGAAAUCAAAGCUCCGGUGAAAGUGGCAGAAGAAUGAAAACAUGUGAAAAAGAGAACCACACACACACACCUGAGUCCUGUGUAAAGAUCUGAGGAGUGAGAUGAUCCCCGAGUCCACAGCUGCAGCUGAGUCCAGGUCCUCAGAGCAGACUAAGAAAUCGCACGAUGAGGCUAACUCCUCUGGUGCUGUCAAUCAUUCUGAGGACGAGUCGGGAAACGAGAAUCAACAGAAGAACGUGAGAAGACGGAAAAGAGCUCACAAGGGCUCAGAGAAUGUCAAACGCAAAAGGGCCAGAGCCGGCUGCAGCCGCGUCGGCAGAGCGAGAGGCCGCCGCGGUAAACGGAGACAUGUGGAGAACGUCACCCUGUUCGAGGUUAUCACAAUGGGCAGGAGUGCCAUGCGGGCGGUGAUAGACGACUGGAUUCAGGCUUAUGUGACGGACAGGGACUCGUCUCUCCUCGAUCUCAUCAGCUUCUUCAUCCACUGCUGUGGAUGCAAAGGUGUGGUCACAGCAGAGAUGUGUCAGAGCAAAGAGGACAGUGAUGUGAUGAGUAAGAUGGUGGAGGAGCUGGACGAGGUGGCGAGUAUGCAGUAUAAAAAGUUUCUGGCCUUCCCGUGGAUCCUCACAGUGACGUGGCCCAUGGACACAGACAGCGUGGAGUAUCCCCUCACACAGUCAGGUCCGUACGGUCGCUGGUUCCACUCCGAGUUCUGUGACUUCGUGUCGGUGCUGGUGGCUCAGUGUCAGCACAGCGUCCUCUUCGACAGUUACCUGAUGAACACGCUGAUCUCGCUGCUCACGGAGCUGUCGAACUCUUACAUACGGGCCUUCAGACACACCUGUACGCUCGCAGCGGUGAAGCUGUUGAGUGCUCUGGUGGGCGUGGCUCUGAGCCUGAGUGUCGGAAUUGAAAACAGUCAGAAGCUGUGCAAGGUGCAGAAGACAAAGACCACGCGACAGAAAGUCACGCCGCAGCUGGAGAGAGUACAGAAGAAGAUCGCAGAGCUGCAGGGGAAGAGGGUGGAGAUAGAGAGCAUGAUGGACAUCGUCUUUAAAGGGGUUUUUCUCAAGAGAUAUCGCGAUGUGCUUCCAGAAAUUCGCUCUAUCUGCGUGGAGGAGUUGGGUUUGUGGAUGAAGCUCUACAGUUCUGAGUUCCUGAACGACACCUACCUCAAAUACAUGGGCUGGAUGAUGUACGACAAAAUACCAGAUGUGCGUCUCAAGUGUGUGCUAGGUUUGCAGCGUUUGUUUGAGGAUCCUCUGCUUCUCCCCAAACUUGAUCUGUUCACCAGCCGCUUCAAGGGGCGGUUGAUCUCCAUGACGCUGGACAGGGACAAUGAAGUGUCCGUUCAGACCAUGAAGCUGCUGCUUCUCAUCUCCAGAACAUGUGAUGAUGUGCUGAGUCCAGGCGACUACAAGCAGCUGCUCCAGUUGGUUUACUCCUCACAGCGACCUCUAGCAGCCGCUGCAGGGGAGCUGCUCUACUUGAGGCUUCUCAGCUCUGGAGGUCAUACGUCUGAUUCCCAGGACGAAAUAAAUGAGGAGGAGGCGCAUAGACUCCAAACAUCUGCCAGACUGAAGUCUCUGCUUCAGUAUCACCAGGAGUCUGAGCUGCACAAACACGUAGUGUACCUGGUGGACAGCCUGUGGGACUGUGGCGGAGCUCUGCUGAAGGACUGGGCUGCACUCACGUCCCUACUGCUGCAGGAACCGUCCUCACACGGUCCGGGUCUUACACUUGCAGAACAGGCACUGCUCGUCGAGAUCCUGGUGGCGUCGGUGCGUCAGGCCUCAGAGGGACCAGCCCUGGCCGGUAGAAGUGGAGCGAAGAAGGCAAUGAACGCCAGAGAAAAGAAGCUUCAGAUCGAUGACUGCACUAAACUCACCCAACAUCUCCUCACUGUUCUUCCAAAGCUACUGAAUAAGUUUUCAAGUAGCGCAGACGUCGUUGCCUCGCUUUUGAGGAUUCCUCAGUUCUUCAUCCCUGAGUGUCCUGAGGCUGAAAACACACAGGCGCUUUCCAGCCUGGUGGCAGAGCUGGGAGCUGUGCUGGACUUCCACUCGGGCCCCGCUGUUGUGGAGGCAGCGGCUCGCACGUACCUGAGUCUGUGUGGAGGGGAGACGUCCUGUGGCUCCGUGGCGCGGGACGCCAGAGACUCUCUGGUCCAGACCUGGGUGGACAAACUGACAGCUCUGCUGGAGGACUCUUUGCAGGUGGGCGACUGUUUCUCUGCAGAUGAGGAGAAAACCGAAGACAUUUUAUCCACGCUGAGGAAACUCAGAGCUUUCCACAACUGUCACGACCUCGCUCGGUGGAGUCUGUUCCAGCUGCUCUCUCCUCUCCUGUCAGCAGGAGGAGCUCCACCCGAGGUUCUGAUGGAGGUUCUGCAGUGUCUGUGUUUCUUCAUGAUCUGGUCCCUCAAUGGGAGCAGUGGAACUCUAACAUCCAGAGAGAAGGCUGUGGCCCAGAGGCUCCAGCUGCGUCUGUUCUGUGAGCGGAGUCAUCACUGUCUCUCUCACUCCGACCACAGCGUCAGACACCAGGCUUUCCUGGGUGUGUGCGACGUCCUGGUGGCUCAUUCCUACCAGACCCAUGUGUGGGAUCCCACCUCCUUCGGUCCGCUGCUCCACACGCCCAGUCCCAAACUGCAGAGGGCGCUGUCGACCUUUGUAUGCAUGCACGUCUUUGUUGGCUCAGACUGCGACAGUCAGAGCAGAGUCAGCGGAGGCUCCGAGGUGGAGAGGCUGGAGGACCUUCACAGACGGAGAAAUCUGCUGGCGGCCUUCUGCAAACUGAUAGUGCACGGGGUGCUGGAGAUGAGCACGGCAGCUGAGGUCUUCAUGUAUUACACAAAGUAUUAUAACGACUUUGGAGACAUCAUCAAGGAGACCAUGUGCAGGGCCAGACAGACGGAUAAGAUAGAGAGUUCUCGCACACUAGUCCUCUGUUUGCAACAGCUGUUUGUGCGACUUAAAAAGGAGCAGCAGAGCGGUGGCAGGGCUCAAGCCGGAGUCCAGACCUUCACCAGCAUCAAGGAGCUGGCCAGGCGCUUCGCCCUCACCUUCGGGGACCCUGUCAAGUUUCGGGAGUGCGUCGUCGUGAUGCACAGGACGGGGAUCGAGUUUGUGUUCCAAGAGUUUAUCCAGAUCCCGGAGACACCGACGCCACCGCUCCUCUCGUACCUGACCAUCCUCAGCGAGUUCUCCAGCAAGCUGCUCAAACCAGACAAGAAGACGGUGUUCAUGUACCUGCAGAAACACACAGCGGAGCUUUUCAUAAACCUCAGAGACGAGUGCUGGCAGCCGCUCGUCUACUAUCGGGCUUCCCUGCUGACCGCGGCUGAAGGGGAGGAUGCUGUGUCCGGUGUCAGCUCCGACAGGAAGCCCUGCCUGCCCAAUCGCUCUCCCUUCUCCAAACAGAAACUAGAAGGAAGUAAGUCUCCCUGCCAGUUCAGCCCCGUCGACUCCAAAGUGUGCAAAGGUCACAGAUCUACAUUCAGUCCAAGUCAUCAGGAGAAAACAACAGACGUGGAUCCCUUAUCUAUUCCACUGGAACCUGCUGCACGAGGUGUUUACCCAGAGGGGUCUGUCCUCAGCUCGAGCAACGAGGCGGAGGACGACACUGUGGAGAUCGAGCUUUGAAUUCGAGGAGGUUGAGGAAUAUCAGAAUUGAGGAACAACAGCGAGUGACUUUAGCUUAUUUUUUGUGUUCUGUGUUCAGACGUCCAGACCUACCAGCAUCCAAAGUUCCUCAGCGUUACGUAUAUUAUGAUUUUUAAGAGGAGACCAGCUUUAAGGAUUCAUGUUCUGUCUUCAAAUCCCAAAAACAGACCAAUGAAUUGGUAAAUGGACUCUAUUUAUAAAGGAGCUUUUCUAGUCUUAUGGACAACACAAAAAGCUUCACAGUAAAAGUCCCAUUUGCACAUUCACGCAGCGCUUCAGUGGCAAUUAGGGGCUCAUUAUAUGUCCAACUUUAGAAUGCAGACUGGAGAAGCCGGGGAUUGAACCACUGCUCUCUGGUGAGUGGACAACCCUCUAUCUCCUGAUGACCAAUUCAAAUGACUGUUGUCUGUGUAGCCAAAAAACGAUCUUUAGAGCUGUUAUAUCUUUGCCAUUGUGUUGUAUUGUCGUCCAGAAGGUAUUGAAAACACAUUGAUAGUUAAUGUUCCCUAGCUACAACAAACAUGGGAAAACCCACUGUCGUCCUGUGAUAAACACUCUGUAGAACUCCUGACCCUGAAAGUAGGCCCUGGAUAAUUGAAUCAUGUUCAAGUAACAUUUGUUAAGCAUUUAAGUGCUCAGCUGUUAUAGAGAACAAGUUGCCCUAUUCAAAAUCAGGUAUUAUAAGCUAAGAUGAUCCUCCGUAGAGGAAAUUCCCAAAUGACACAGCAGCAUAAGGAAGGAGCAGCACAAGGGGAUGAUAUAGUGGGAAUAAAAAUAUGAAUCAAAAACAGAAAUAUAAAUAUACAUAUAUAUAUUAAAAAAUGUGCAAUAUAAGGAUGAUGGUUGAGAUCCAUUUUAACCGAAUCCAGUGGGUGUAAAUUUGUCUUUUUUUAUAUUUAUGGUAUUUAUUGAAAAUAAUAAACAGAAAAUCACCAGGUUUACUCUUAACAAUAAAUAAUGCCAAGUACAAGUUGAAUUUAACAUUUUGCAGUUGGACUUGAGCAGCAACUUUUAUCUGUGUGUACAGAUUUUCCUUUAUCGCUUUCACAUGUCGAUUGUAUGUGAAAGUUACUGCUGACACCAAGUGAUUUAUUUGUUCAUUUGGAUCAAACUCAGGUCUAUGAUUGGUCUUUGUUUAUUAUCUGGGGUUGGUUAAGAAUUAUGCCUCUACCACUUUAUUAUUUCUCCUUAUAGGAAAUGCUGGGUUUAAGUUCCCUUAAAACUACCUAUGUAUUGUAAAGUAAAAUAAAUAAAAAAAUACAUUUUACAAAGUGA